AUGGCUAUGGAAGCGCUUAACUCACCCACCACCGCCACUCCUUUCACUCCCUUCGAAGAACCGAAUAUCAGCUACCUCGAUACACCGUGGACGAAAGGUAAACGUUCAAAGCGUUCUCGUAUGGAUCAAUCUUCAUGCAGUGAAGAAGAGUAUCUUGCUUUCUGUCUCAUCAUGCUCGCUCGCAGCGGAAACAAUAACAACAACAGCAACAAUAACUCCACCGCCAAACAGAUUUUAUCUGAUACUGAAUCUGCGCCGUUAACCGCCGUUAAACUCAGCCACAAAUGCUCUGUUUGCAACAAAGCUUUUUCAUCUUACCAAGCACUCGGCGGACACAAAGCCAGCCACCGGAAACUCGCGCUUAUGUCCACUACCGAAGAUCAGAAUCAGAAUCAGACCACCACCACCUCAUCCGCCGUGACUACCAGCUCUGCAUCCAAUAAGAUCAAGACUCACGACUGUUCCAUCUGCCACAAAUCCUUCCCUACCGGACAGGCUUUGGGUGGACAUAAGCGUUGCCACUACGAAGGCGGUGCAGGUGGCGGAGCCGGAAGCAGCGCCGUAACUGCCUCUGAAGGAGUUGGAUCCUCUCACAGCCAACACCGUGACUUUGAUCUUAAUCUCCCGGCUUUUCCGGACUUUUCAAAGAAGUGUUUCGUGGAUGACGAGGUUUCCAGCCCUCUUCCUGCAGCAAAGAAGCCAUUUCUUUUCAAGAUUGAAAUUCCUCAUUACUGA